AUGAAUGACGCGUGUCAGCCAGGGACUGUGAACGAGCAAGCCAGAGACGGCUGGUUUGCCGCGCCGGUGACCACGAUUGAGGGGGCCCUGCUGGAGACCGAGGGUCUUGGCAGUAAGAAGCUUUCCAUCAAGGACAAUCUUCACCAAGUCGUUGCGGGAGUCUUUCAACCGAAGCCCAUCGUGGAUACCAUAAAGGAGGAAGAAAAAUACGGCAACCACGGCGACAAAUUUUACAACGCUGGUCGAGCUGUAGUUGGCGGGGCAGAAAAUAUCUCCAACUUUAUCAAUUCAGCUAUAGAGGUUCCGCAAUCCAUCAUCAGAAAGAUCGCCAGAGCUGCAUCCGAAAAAUUAAAUAACUUUGGAGGAAGACUUAUUGGCUUAUAAUAAUGUAUCUAAGUGUAAGUGAUAAGUUAGCUUUAAGUUGGAUAUAGCGGUGUAUUCAUUUAACCUAACCAGAAAUGCCAAAAUAAAAAACAAGACUUUGA